AUGGGGAACGGGAGAACAAUAUUGAAGGAGAAUAAGAAGGAACUUCAUCAUGAUCACCUUGACGAGACCGUUCUAUACGAAAUAUUUACGAGACUCCCGCAAGAAUGCCUCGCUGAGUUGAGGUACGCGUGCAAGACUUUCCACAAGUGGACAUCGUGGAGCAAAUUCGUCGCCGAUUCCUUUCAUCUGUCGCGGCCCGCGCUGCUUGUGCAAGUCCCCGGCAACUUGAGGUCGAAAGCUUUCAAGACAAGGUUCCUGGAAUUGGAUAGCGAAGGACUCGGGUUCAAGAAUAAAAAAUUCGGUAUGUCUAAGAUGGGGAAGGCCAGGUCUACUUGCAAUGGUCUACUUCUGGUGAACGACACGAACAAGGAAAAGUGUUUAGUGGUCAUGAAUGUGCUUACCAAGUGUUAUGUUGCCAUCCCUUUUUGCCCUUCUCAUUGCAAGCACGAAGCUUGCGGUUUGGCGCUAGUUUUCAACCCUCACGACAAGGUUUACAAAGUGGUGCACGUCUAUAAUGCUGGUUUUGGGUUCGAGAUUUUCACCCUGGGCUGCUCAGGGAACGAAUGGAAGGUUAUUCCUGGCCCGUUCAGCGGACCAGGAGAGCAGCCUUUCGGCGCGCAAUUUCGUUGGAGUGAUCCUUUGUCCACGAAUGGGCAACUGAUCCUGCACUGGGAUGUCGAUUCUCGCGAAUACAUUAUAUCAUUCGACACCUCCGAGGAAACAUUCAGGAGGACUUGUUAUCCAUGUCGUUUCGAAGAAGGGACCGGCACUUUGUUGGAGACGGGAGGCAAUCUCUCCUUUGCACACAGAAGUUCCUCCACUCAAUUUGAUGUUUGGGUUUUGGAAGACUUUGAAAGGCAAGUUUGGAACAAAAGCUAUAGCGUUUUGGCGGAGUCAAUAAGCUACACGUCUCAAGAGAUAAAUGCUUUACCAAGCUUUGAGAACCUUGUGCCUCUUUUCAGCUUGAGAGAUGGGGAAAUAAUGCUUUUCCGGCACAAGAGCUCUCCUUGUUGGUAUUUGUUUGAGAAAAAGCUUAGGGUGUUGAAGAAAUUGAGCGGAAUGCCAGUGAAGACUACUCCUAAACUAUUGCUAUACAAGAGCAGCCUUGUCCGUUGGAAAAAUAAGGAAGAACUAUUGGUUCGAGAAACUAUCUAA